AUGUCCGACAGAUCCCAGCAGACAGACUCGCGCCAGCAAGGAGGUGCUGACACCGACAACGACGGCCGCAUACUGCGAUUGCAAGAGGUAAUAUCCACACUACGAACAUACGCUGGGCUUGAUGCUGCAGGGCUGCCGCAGACAGCUACGGUAGCGGACAGGGCGGAAGGCGCCACAAGGUUACUGAUCGGGUCGGCCUGGGAAGAGAUUGAGGAGAGGAGAGGUGGUAGGUGGAACAUCCCCGGCGUCAAGCCUCUGUUGUCCGCGUUACAAAACGAGCUGAGAGCUUGUCAGGUGAGCGGAAGUGCUCUGUGCCAGCUGUGCCCCUCUGUGACAGUGCUCACACUUGCGUGCUGCAACAUCUACCAGUCGUCCACCCCGCCUACCUCUUCCAACGCUCCACAUCUGAUCGCGCAAUGUGCUGCUUUGAUGCAGGAGGCCACGUCACACGUACCGAUCGCCGGUGUGAAUGUCAGCUUUCCUGCUCCAAUUGACGACGGAGCGGUGCUGAGCGGAAGCAGCUCGAAAGCGAAAAGCACAGCAAAGGUGGAUGUGGUGUCUGAUGGAGGAGGGCGAUGGGUGCGCAUCGUAGGCAUCAGGCCGUCUGCCUUGCUGCAAGAAUGGCGCGUCAUGGACGAAGCCUCCGAUUCGAGGGCUGGUAGCGAAAUGGGUUCGGACGGUCUGGACCAGGUGCUGAGGAACAGCUCGAUCUCGAAGCUCACCCAAGAACUCGUACGAGCAAAGAAGGCGGCAAUCGAUCAGCAUGCCCUCAAGAAGGAUGUGCAGAUCGUCUUGAAGUUUACACACCUGCCGCUAGGCGCUCAAGACAGCAGCAUGAGUGCCAUGCAAGAAGAUAUGGGCUUAUCGUAUCCCAGUCCGGAGGCGAAGGAUCGCUUCUUGUCUCGAUUGUCCGCUCUUCGAAGCGCCAUCUUGCGCGAAGGCAUUUUGCUGGAGAAAGGCGAGCCGACUUGGCGAAGAGGUCUCUUGCCACCCCCAGCUCUGGCCACCCCUGCUAGGAUUUCCAAAGCGGUCGCUGUAGACUUGUCCGCCCUCGUGGCCCUCAUCUCGGACAUGACGCACAUGGCCCUUCCGCCUAACGACGAAUUGCCAUUCAUUUUCAGCAGUGACGGCAUAGCAGGUCCCUCCAUACACGGCCGCGCCCUUAUCGAACAAGCGGAGCGGGAAGGCGUGGACGCUCUUUUUAACAACUUCAUGCCGGAAAGCGAAUGUAUUGCGGCUCAUAUUGAGGAGCUCUGGUGCACCGCCGAAACCAAGGACAAGGUCAUGGAUAUCGUCGAAAAGAUCGGAGGGACAGCUGAGAAGGCGCGCGGGCAAGCUCUUUUUGUGGAGGAUGCUGAAGCAGCUCACUCGGCAUUCUGGAAAGGCUCUCGAUGGUCGAAGGCCGGCGCGCUUCGCCCUCGUUUACCUCUGCCUAUUCGGGUCUUGGGAGGUCAACCUAGCUGGAGUAGGCAGGACUCUAGGCCCUUCGCGGGUCUCUCUAGCGCACUUCAGCUACCGCCAUCUAAAGGCAGUCCCACGUCGCAUACACUCAACACUCUUGAUCAAGCAUCUAGAGCGGGCAUGACCACUUUCACCACCAACAUCUGGAGCGCCACUUGGGUAUCGGACAAGGUUCCAUACGAGACCCUUGACGCGGACACUCCAGCUAUCAUGUGGGUCUUGCACCCUCGCAGUCUGUCUGAGAGAAUGCGCUCGGGUGCACUGCGCUCAGGUACUGGUGCCAAAUCACCUCGGGACUCUAUCGCCUUGGCCACGCCUAGCGUGGAUCAGGUCAGUACCCCAAAGGCUUCCCUGCCCCUUUACCCACAAUCAGCUUGGGGUUCUCCAGCAGUGCUGUACGAUGCCUCGGGCAGCCGGUCUGACAACUUAUCGUCCAAAGAACGCAGCAGUCUGCUCGAUCCAGCGGUCGCCUCCUCUGCAGCCGUCGACCGCACGUCCGCCAGCGCUUCGCGGCGAGGUGCUGGCUUCAAGAUUUUGAAUUUCCUGGAUGGGCCACAUCCACGCUCGCGGUUAUUCAUUAGACAUUACCGUUGGUGGCCGUUCGCCAGUGUAGAGUCGAAGUGGACCAAGUUCACAAGUCCUGUCGCUUGGCGGGCGCCUGAUACUCCAAGUCUGCUGCCUGACGCAUCUCAAUCGAAGGAAGGUGCUGGAAUGGGGCUGGAGUGGAAGGAUCACGUCAAGAGAGAGUGGAGGCUGAAUUGGAAGCAUUGGCUCCUGCUCGUUGCAGUGCUCAUUGCUUGGGUGUUGGGAUUCGCAUACCUCGUCAAAGGCUUGUGGUAUGAGAGUCGAGUUACGCUUGGCUCGGGGCAAGUGCUCGAACCGGACUUUUACGGAUGUACUUCGACCUUCUGGGUGAGCACGGAGUUUUGGGCGGAUUCCGACGUUCGCGCACGGAGAAGCUGACGCUCUGCAUUGGUCCAUCUUUCAGUUGGGAAAUGCACAAUGCGGCGUUGACGGAGAGUCUUGUGCUCCCUUCGCAUCUAAUUCAUCGGUACCAUUUCGUUGUCCUGCAGGCUGCGCUGGAACGACGCUGGGCAGCGCUCGCGCCGUGGGCUCCGAAUUGCCGAACUUUGUGCCCCUUAUCGUCGGUGGUGGCGACAAUCUGGUGGAUGGACGCCGAGUUUACCGCGCGGACUCAUUUGUAUGUGCCGCGGCUCAACACGCAGGCGUCAUUGAUGGUCGGACCGGCGGGUGCGGAACACUUUGGCUGGGCGGCGCCAGCACGUCCUACGAGUCAGCGGCGCGUAACGGGCUCACCUCGAUCGGCUUCAACUCGACGUUCCCUGUAAGCUUCUUCUUUGACGAAUCAGCUCAGCAAAGCGGAUGUCAUGACACUCGAGAACGCGGAUAUGCGCUCAAUGUCGCGCUUUUGGCUUUCGUGGCCUUUGUCUUGCGUCCCAAGCGCAUCGUCUACUUUUGGAUCCUCGUUUGCACCGGAUUCUGGCACAUCAAUAUGCUGUCCGAACCGCGAGCUUAUCCUCCGAAAGUGGGAGGCCCGGUUGGCGAUUUCUUACCGACUCUCUUUGGCGCCUAUGUCAUUUGGAGGGUCGCUGUGCGAUACGUUUGGCCCGCCUUCGAACGCCUGCCGAUCGAAAGAGAAAUUUGGACCUUGGGAUUCUUCUGGAUUGGUACGAUGCUCAAUGUGAGUCUUGAUGAACUUAGUCUUCUUCCGCAACCCUUCGUUCCAGACUUACUCGAAGCGUGCGCAUGCGCAUUGCAAUUAGGUCGUCUUUGCCAAUGUGCCCCUCCAAAGACUGGUCGCCUCGGAUAUCGCGUCACAGCCGGGUGCCCUGACUGCCCUGAUCGUCAUUAUCGUCGUCGUCAUCAUUAUUGUCGUCAACCAGAUCCGCGUGAUCCGUAAAGUGGGGGCUCUUCCGAAGUAUCUCGCGCUGGCAGUCGUCGGAGGAAUCAUCGUCGGUCUGUGUGCUGCUGUUCCCACGACGGGGCUGCGCUUGCACCACUACAUCAUCGCGCUCGUACUCGUAUGCUUCUGCGCAUUUCCCACGCGUCUCAGUGUGAGUUGCACAUCACCAUAGCUGGGAGCAGGAACCAAGAUGCUCACGCAAGCUCUGCUCUAACUUGCAGCUCAUCUAUGUUGCAUUCUGCCUUGGGAUGUACCUGAACGGGGUAGGCAGAUGGGGCUUCGACCCCAUCGCUACCGAUAUUGCAGACAUAGUCGGGGACGGCACCUUCGGUACCGGACUGCCCUCGUUUGCGUCAGCUCAAAACUGGACAGGCUUGCCAGGCUUUGGUCCUUCCGCGAAUGCGACUGGCAUGGUCCAGUGGGAUGCCAUACCUGGCAAUCAGACCGACAGCUGGGACGGCUUCCACUUGUGAGUCGCUUUGCUCUCGAGACAUGCAGUCUUCUUGGUGUUGGCUGAUUGCUUACCCUUUCUCAUUAAUGCUUCAGGCUGGUUGACGACGUGCUGCGCUAUGCUGGCGAAGGCACAUCUUUCAAUAUGACUUCGCUCAUCGAUGAUUACGCUCCCAUGGGCAAUAGUGGUAUGAAUACCACUCUGUAUCCUGGUGGAUCAGCUGCGCUCAAUGCGACGCUCGCAUCGCAGCCUCGUAAGUUAUGGAAUGCCAAACGGCCCAUAAGCUUGCUAAUUGUUUCUCGCUAAUCUUGCUGCGUGCUCUUCCCAUGCAGAUUACCUCCGCCUUGCUUUCACUUCGCAAGGCUCUCCAGGUGACUACACGCGCGCCGCCAUUGCCUACUUUAACGGAUCGUGGACGCCAGCUCCAGAGGGCGCCACCUGA